CAAGUAUGACGGUGCAUUCAAGCAUACUGAUGCGUUCAAGGAAGUAAAAGCAUUCAGUCAGAAUACUUAUACGGAAAUUCAACGGCUUGAAGUCUUUGAUCGCAACUACGCUCCUUCAGGAAAGCCCAGCAACACUGUUCUCGAAACAGCAAACGCAUCGAUCGAUGAAUCCCAGUUCCUCCAUUUUCUCACUCUCGGCCCCGACGACGGUUGGUUUCACGACAACCACAUAGACACAUCUCUGGAUAUACUGGAGCGAGCUGCUGACUGCCAAAAACAUGGGAUUGCAAUCUGUCGUGUUGGCCAAGGUGGCGAGCUCUACACCAGUAGACAAAGACUUCAUCUUGAUACCGAUUAGCAACGGUUAUAAAGACGUUUACGAGAGAGGUGUGGAACUUGAACGUCAGUAUGAAGCCGCCAAGACGAACCCCAUCACAGAGCUUGAGCGUCCUGCACAAACCGCAGGCAACCACUGGUCUCUUCUUCUCGUCGACUGCCACUCUUCCAUCAUCAAGGGCCGGUACUUUGACUCCAGCUACUACGAAUCCGCUGGCCCUUUACGUCACUACGCAGUCGAGGACUCGAACAUUUGCAAAGCUGCCCUGAUGAUCUUAUCAGGCGUACGAAUGAUGCUCAACCAUGUUCAACCGGGACGAUUCGACGAAAACGAGUUUGUGUUUGACAUUGACACACACUGCCCUAACCAAGGACAUGAGAAUGUCAGCGGUAAAGAAGACGGCAUGGGUGCUUGUGGCCCUUUCGUAUGGGAAAUGAGCAAGGAAAUCACGCAAUACAUCGCCGACUGUCGCGAAGACCCCGAGUUUUUCGAUCAUGAUCAAAUCGAUCCUUGUUUACCAGACGGUUACCAAAGCCGCAGAAACUGGGAUUCGGAGAAGACGCGUAGGGCGAUCUGGAAUCUUGUACUGAGGGAGUUGAGAACGCGUAAGUGGCUAAAUCGUAACUCGGAAUGGAUGGAUAACGUAAGAGGGAGGGUCUUGACGCCUGGGGACGGUAUGGCAGGCUGGAGUUCAUGGCUGAGGGGGAAGGGGUUGGAUGAGAUGGCCUUUUGGGACCCAUGGGUGUUGGAAAGCGAGUUGGCACCUCAGUUUGGACGGCCGGUGACAGUACGCUCAUAAUCAUAACACCUUUUUAUACUUUUCGAAUGUACAGUGGAUACAGGGAUGUAAAUUAGACGCCGGUAUAGUUCGUGAGCUUGUCUCUAAAUCAUGCGCUAGUCUACCUUUUUUACUGGGUACAUCAUGUCAGCGGGCCGGUAUAGACCUGGAGAGCGUUUGGAAGCCGCUUCUGACGCUUGCAUUGA